UUAAACUAUUCAAAUCAAGCUGUGAUAUACAGCAAAGACAGACAAUGGCAAGCACUUGGAUUCACAUCAUUAUUUUAGGAAGUUGUUUGCUUGUCACACAACUAAAUGGUAAGUAAAAUAUUAUGUAUUGGUAAUGUUUAUUUAUCAACUAAAUUCUAGUGGGGUUUUUUAAGUUUCUCCUUUCAUAUUCAAUUUGUGUUCACGAUUAUUUUAAAUUAUUGGCAAAAAAUAGCUAAAUUGAUAAAAAUCUCCUGGUCAGCUAUUUUGGCCCAAUAUAUAUAUAUCAAUAAAUUUGAAAUAAUUCUGAAUUUCUGACAAUUCACACUUUAGUGGAUAGCUGUGCCUAACUCGGUUAGCUUUAAUUAUUAUUCUUUGUAACUUGAACUUUUUGUUGCUGAAACUACGUAUUAUCUGUCCGCAAAGAUACAUUGAAAGGAUCUGGAAGUAACGCUGCUGACUGUUUUUUCACCAUCCUUUUUAAUUCAUUCAGAGUUAUCUACUAACAGUGUUAUACAGUAAAGGGAUAAUCAAAAGUUGUUAAGUUGAAAUUCACUUUGAAUUCUCACUUUGGAAUAACCCCUUUAAAUCCCAAUAAUUCUCACUUCAGCGAAUAAACCGGACUGUGUAGUAGAAUUUACCUGGUGUGUUUCCAGCAAUAGUGUAAUACCAUUGAAUGUACAAAGUGAUUCAAAAGAAGCAUAUAGUAAAUAAAUUACAACAAAAUUGUUUCUCUCCUAUAAUGUGAAUUAUGCAGCACGUUUUAGGCUCCACUAAUCAUUGAAUUCACUUGAUUAACUGCAUCCCAUGAAAUCAAUACAAUACGAAUGUUACAUAUCUAUCACUGAUUUCUAGGGAAAGAUGCUGCAUACGCAUAGAUGUAAUAACAAUAAUAAAAUCAUACAGACAAAAGAAAAAGUAGACUGCAAAUUUACAAAAAAAAUACUCAACACAAACAUUAGAACACAAACAUGAAAAAAAUUAUUGCACAGUUUCUCUUGAGUGCCAUUUUCCAUUUUGGGAGAGGAAUAAUAGACAGAUGACUGUGGCUUUCAAAUGUCAUAUGAAUAUUUUGGAAAAAACAAACCAGAAAAACCACAAAAUGUAUGUUGCUUAUCACACAGCAUUCUAAUGUCCUUUAGCACGUGUUUGCAUAACUAUUUUUAAACUGGCAUGAGUCAUGUCUCUUAAAGAAAAUAACCAAGUAAAAUCCUUAAUUCAUUGGCCAGUCUUACAGUAUAAUGCAUGUCUAUGCCUUCUAUAAUUGAUUUCCAAUAGUUAACAGUCUGACGGUAGGCUAUUUCUAUUUCACUUGAUAUUCUUUCUGCUGCACACCUUUAUUUAUAACAGAAUAUAACCUCAAUAAAAUUAAGAUAAUUGGCAAAUGAAUCACACGUGAUUGGACAAAAUAGAUGAAUGGGUAAAGUUUAACAUUUGUUAUUUAUUUAAUAUGAACUUAUUUUACAUUCGUUCUUUAACAUUUGUACAAUGCAACAAUUCUUAGUAUACAGGAAGCAGACAAGUUACUAAGUAAUAGUGAACAGAUAAAGCUUACAUAAAAAUUAUGGGUGUGAUCAGAUAAUUGAGAACCCUCCAAAGUAUACAGGCACCCCAAAUCAGGGAAAUAAUAUUCAAGGAAUAUCAAGCAAAGUCCAAAUACAGUACCAAUACAUUACUAUAUAGUUUAUAGACAAUAAUGUAUGACAGAAUAUAUAAACAGAAUGAUCACAGAUGAAUAAAAAAACACUAACUUGGCUUGUGCUAUUUUUCACACUUCUCAUUGGUGUCUAUGUGGAAAAUGAGAUGCAAUAUAUUGAUCUCUUUUAUUCAAUCUAAAAUCUUUAAGAGAUCUAUGGCAAAAUACCUCAGCACAGAAUGCACCUGUCAUGGUUGAAUAUAUUUAUCACCUGUUAUGUGUUAAAUUUAUAUGUGUGUGUGUGUGUGUAUAUAUAUAUAUAUAUAUAUAUAUAUAUAUAUAUAUUGUAUAUUUGUAAUAUUGUACCCUAUUGUAACAAUACAAUGUUUUGUAGACCCAGGACAUACUUGAAAACGAGAGAAAUUUUAAUGUAUCAAUCCUGGUAAAAUAUUUUGUAAAUAAAUAAAUAUAUCAGAGAUAGCUAUAACAGUUGUCCCAGUGACUUUUUUUUAGGAAAACUUCUACUGAAUUACAACAGAUAAGAUUAUCUCUUCAUAUGACCUACUGGUUUUCCUAGUGAAUAAAACCACCAAGUAUUACAACAGAACGCCAUACCUUUUAGAGUUGGAAUUAAAAUGUGAAUAUUAGCAUUAAGGGUAUCAAUGAGAGGUCCACAUUAGAGUUCAUGCUUAGUAAUUAGAGAUAGAGAUUAGGACUAGUAAUUAGGGUUAGUAAUACGUUUAGGCUUAAAGUAUUCUAAGGCAAUAUAUGCAAAAUGUAAGGGUAACCCUUUUCGCAUAUUAAACAUACUGAGAAAUACAUAUAUAAAUUGGAUUUUCUCAGAAUAAAAAUAAUGAAGUUUGGCCAGUCAUUUAUCAUCUUUAGGGCUAAAUUUUAUGAAAGACAGUAAAAUAUGUAAAAACAGGUGUGCCAUUUUCUCCUACAUUGUUACCUUAUCCUGCUUCAGGGGUUAAUAAAAGGGCAAAAGCUAUAGACAUUCAGUGGAUUUAGAGUUACUGGUGAGUUUUCCAAUGCAUUGAUUAAUUAAACAUGUAACCAGCAGUGGGAAUACCAGUAGUGCAGGGGGUCUGGCCACCCUAUUAUGGAGGGACAGUCCACUAUUUUGGCCUUAAAUUCCCCUUUCACUCUUUUCUGUCUUGUUCCUCUUUUGAAUGAGCUGGUGUUCUUGGUGUGUCCGAGUGUAUACCAGUGCUCCAUGGCAAUAAUACUCACAGUAAUAUGACUGUAAAUGACAAUAAAUAUGUUUAAAAAAUUAGUCUAUGUAAAAGAUAUGUAUUAUUUUGUUCUAAAUUAGUUGGAUAAAUAGGUAAUAGUUUGACCUUGUAAAAAAAAAAGUGUUUUACUUAACUUUUCUCCUUCGUAGCGCCAGUCUCUGCAAAAGGCACUUAAACACUGCAGUGAAAACUUUGCAAUGUAAAAAAACAGGUGUGAAGGGGGCAUAGAACCAAGACCACUUCAUCUCUGGGUGUCUAUAGUGUCCAUAUGCAUUUUUAUACAGUUGAUCGACCUUUAUACCAUUAUAUCCAGUUUGGCUAUGAUUUGGUUCACUGGUUCCGUACUAUUCUGAUUGUCCCUACAUAGUUAAUUUGAGCAAUUCAUCAACCUCAAACAUUUUUUUGUCCAAUGUGAGUUUCACAAAGUUCAGUGUUUUCCCCCUUAAACUCCCCCAUCUAGAUAAGCCCCUUUGCUUUCCUUUCAUGGCUUUAGGAUGGAUUUCAUCCAAAUCUUCCAUUCCCUCUCUCACACCUGAAAAUUCUAACAUCUAUUAGACCAUGUCUUUCUGCCUCUCUGAUAUGGUUUCCUAGAUCCCAUCAUGCUUCCAGAAGUGUUUCCUUCUAGGUGCAUUCGCGGUAGGAUGGCAAAUGAUAGAAUUUCAAAUUGUAACUCACAAGCUUACAAAAAAAACAAAUGACGUAAAGACAGCAAAAUGAUAGACAGCAACAUUAUGUAUAGUAAUAAAAUAAUACAAUCUGAAAAAAGACUCAACCUUUCAUACAUCUCUCUUACAGCUGUUGAUGAAGAAGAAGGUGAGAAACCUCAUUUUAUUUCACAAUUGGAAAAAAAAUCAUUCUUAACUACAAAAUUGAAAGCUGAGAUCUACUUCGAUUAACAAGUGGUUACCACAUAUUAACUAUUAUAUUCUGAAAUAAUAAAUUUUUCCAGAAAUGUCGAGACAAAUAGAAUAAGUGUUGAAUGUUUGGUAUUGUAAAUUAGAGUUUGGCACAGGGAAUUAGGGCCUGAAAUCAGGCAUUAAUCAUAUGGGUUAAGAAUAUGUGGCUAGGCAUCAGUACUAGUCCUUAGGAGGUAAACUGUAAGUACCUGAUAAAGACAAAGAUGCCCAAGGUGCACAAGCAUGUGAGUGUUACGGGUGACUUCCCCAUCUCGAGGGACUAUCUUCAAUAAGUGAAAGAUCGGUUGGAAGAGAUGACUUUGACACCAGCUCCAUUCAGAAAUCUGGUAAGUAACAUAUACAUCUUAUAGUAACUACAUCUUAAUGUUAUAUUAUAACUUAAUGUUAUAUUAUAUUAAAGGGCAGUCUAGUUAUGGUGUCAGAAGUCCUCUGGCACUGUCCCACUAUAAACUGUCAAGUCAUUUCCGGUUUCACUUAUUUGGGUCACCUGGGUUCCUGCAGUAACACCGCCUUUUCUGAUACAUCUUAAGCAAAUGUUCCUCUUCCACAAUAGAUAUAUCACUAUCUAGGCAAAAUUAAUUCAUUCUUAGCCAAUGGAUUGAAGUCAGCAAUGCAGAAAUAGUGAACCAUAUUGGCAAUAUCAGAAAAGGAAACUGACUACAGAGCAUUUGACAAUGUUUUGACUACCUACUAUGGGAUGGUACCAGGUGGCUCUUGGCAACUUCAGCAGAGUGUAUGGUGCAGAGUGUAUGGUGCCAAGAUCACCUCUUAAACCUAUAGAAUAUUAUACGUUGUGUGCCGUUGUUAAAAGUAUUAUUUAAUACUAGGGUAACAUAGAUCUGUAUGAGGUAUCAUUCAUAUGUGAAGAUUGUAGUGAGCGGUACUAAGGUGUAUCUAUCAAACUAAUGAUUAUAUAAUCUUAAAGGACUACUCCACACCCCAAAAGCACUUCAGCUUGCUGAAAUGCAUUAUAGGUGAGGAGUACCCUAGUUUAACCCCAGUUUAUAAAAGUGCCGAUUUCGAUGAGAAAUCCUCUGAUUAUUUCUGAUUAUUUUGAUGAGAAAUCCUCUGGUUAUUUCCCCCUGAAGAGACUGAAAGUCUCUUCUAGGAAAACAUGGGAGGGCUUACAAAGGCUGCAGUCAUAAAAACUGCAGCUUUUGUAAGCUCUUUAAGACUAUACUUCCAAUGAAUACAUCCAUAAAAAUAUGCAUGCAUGUAUUCAUUGGGGUAUAUCUACCAAACAGUAUUUUUUUGUUUGUUUUUUAUGUGUGGAGUGGUCUUUAAAGAAGCAUGUAGGAAAAUGUGAAAUGCAUGUAACAGAAAAAAUAUAUAGUUAUGUGGUACUAUAAAAGUUUAUUGAAAAUUAGGAUGCCAGGCAAAUUGAUUUAUUUUCAUUGAUGCUUUGCAACAGCACAUAGCAACCAUUGCAUUUGCAAUAGCUAUGUGUUAAUAGCUAUUUAUAUAAAGUCACACAUGCUUAAACAUAAAUAAUGGAUUGAUUACAAGCUAGUUACAUUUAUUCAUUAUUUCUUAUAUUGCACUUUAGCUGAAGAAUCACCAUACCCCUGCAGGAAGAUAGAAAGUCUCAAUGGUUUUGGGAAUCCUUGUAUUGGAUACAGCAGCCCUCACUUAUUCGUUGUGUUAUAGAGAGCGCCUCUUACUUUCUGUUUCUAUAAUUACAUAGCCUUCCUCACAUUUGGUUUUUGCUGUUAAUCCAAAAGAAGACAAAAAAAACCAGUUUGAAGCACUUCCAAUUUUGCAACAAGCUAGGAAAAAAAUGCCUUCUUGACCCCAGAAUGGCAGUCAGAUUUAUCACUCUGCUUUUUAGUAGCAUUUUGACUUUUUAACUUUUGACAUUUAAAAAAAAAAAAAGUUAUAGAAAAUACCAGGUUUGCAGCUGUCACUGUUUUUUUUAGAAAUGCAGCAACAGAUAAUAUCUUCAUUCUAACCCCAAACGUGCAUCCUACUCCCUUAGCUGUGAAAAUCCCCAACGCUCUAAAAAAUGGAAAGUGCAGCUUUAUAUUUUGCAGUUUUGUAUUACUAAUGUAAACAUGUACUUAGGUGAUUUCAUUUGUGAAAUACUUAUGAAUCAUCUACCUUUAUAAUCAGCUUUCAUGCUCAGCCCUUUUGAAAAUGUGACAAUUAUUUAACAGAUUGAUCAUUCAGGACUGGAGUCUGUUAGAAGAGUCAAUCUUAAAGGAAUACUAUAGGGUCAGCAACACAAAUCUGACUCUAUAGUGUUAAAACCACUUUUAGGUGGCUUACUCCAUCUUGCCCCCUUAAAAGGUAAAAAACUUACCUUAUUUCCACCACUGGUGAGAUCACCAAGGAGGCUGGGUGGGGUUGGGGGCAAACUGUAGCAUGUCAAAUAAGCACUGCCCCAGGAAGCACCUGCAGUGCUUUAUCGUUGAAAAAGCAGUUUUUACAGCAAAAAGACUGAAGGUACAGGCUAUACUCACCAGAAUAACUACAUUAAGCUGUAGUUGUUCUGGUGACUAUAGUGUCCCAUUAACAUUGGAAACUACAUAGCAUUUAUCCUCAUUUACACACAUGCGGCAAUUUUGAUUCAAUAACCAGAGAUAUGCCUGUUUCUUAAAGGGACAUUCCACUGCCCAAAUAAAAAAACAACACAAAACACUGUUUUGUAUAUAUAUCCCCAAUGAAAACAUAUUGCAUUUAAUUAUGCAUUUUUCCAUUGGGGUAUAUCUAAAAGAAGCUCAAGGAGAAGUCUUUGAAAAAAACAGGUUCUGCUCCACUGAGCUACUCAACAAGAAAGUAACGGUUGCCUGAUUGACAACCAGGGGGCAUUACAAGGUUAAUCUAUAAAAGUUCCAAUAUCUAUUGAAAUCUGCACUUUUUGUAAAAUGGAAAAAAGAAGACACAUUCGAGACCACUAAAGCACUUCAGCUUGCUGAAGUUCUUCAUGUGUGAGGAGUGUGCCUUUAAGUCAAUUCAAACCUAUAGAAUAAUCAAAUAAUAAAAAGCCAAAUGAUCGAGGUCUAGAUUAUAGCCUGCUCCUCUAUUAUUUGUCUUUUUAUUAUAUAAUCAAUAAUUUUAACCUUCUAAUUUUUGAUAUUUUCUAAAAGGUUCCAGAUUUGCAGCUGUCACUAUUAUCAGAAACAAAAGAUUGUCAGGAUUACUGAAAAUCAAGCUGAUUAGUGAUUUUAUCCAGUUUGGCUAUGCGACUCUUAAAGUUCAAAUUCCGUUUGAAUUGAGCUUGAGUUCUCUCUUUAAUAACCCUGUAUAUUUUAGUUCUAACCACAAACAUGUUAAGUUGAUCCUACAAGUGAAAUAAUAAAUAACAUUUUAUCAUUUCUCUUUGUUCUCAGCUUUCAUCAUAAAUCCUCCUGAAAAUGUGACAAUUCAAUGGCACGAAAAUGACAUCACUAUUUAUUGCAAGAAUCCAGAUAUUGAUUACCUGAGUAUAUGCUAUGAAAUGAAAAUGAGGUUCAAAAGCAGCAAUACAAAUCAUUGGGAGGUCAGUAUAUUUAUUGCUAUAUUGAUUUAGAAAGCACGUGAAAAUUAAUAUGUCAAUAAUGUUCAAUAACCACAUGCAUAGUAGUGUGGAUUUUAAAACCAUUUCUUAUUGUAUAUUGUUAACUGAGGUAGCCAUUCUUCACAUGGCCAGCAUUGUUCUAUGUGUCAAUUGAUCUAUUAGUUUCUGGAAAAACUGGCAUAUUUGUAAAAUUAUUUUUAAAGAGAAUUCAGAUAUGAUAUGCACGCUAUUUUACACAAUGGAAUGCAGGAUUUAAGUUAAAAAGUCGUUAGUUCCAGUGAGUUUGCCAAUGUACAUACAGAGUUUGCACAGUUGUAGGAGAAACAUGAUGGACAAAUGGCUUAAGUGAAAAACUAUAGCUGCAAACAGCAAAACAUUGUAGUCAUAAUGCUGCCAGCCAUAUGAAAAAAACACAGCAUCUCAAAGAUGGCCCUUUUCUUCUAUUGCCCUAUUUAUUUAUUUAUAAAAUAUUUUACCAGGAAAGAUAUAUUGAGAUUUCUCUCGUUUUCAAGUAUGUCCUGGAUCCACAAAACAUUGCAUUGAUACAAUAGGGUACAAUAAAAUACAAAAAAAGUAUUAAUACACAAUAUAUACAACAUUUAACAUGUAGGAAAUUUAUAAUCAACCAUGACACGUGCAUUCUGUUUUGAGGUGUGUAGAGAGGGAUCUCUUACAGGACUUUAGACAUGGGGAAGAUUUUAAAGUGUGCGGGAGGUCGUUCCACAAUUGCGGUGCUCUGUAGGAGAAGGAGGAUCGGGGCGCUUUCUUUUUGUAUUGAGGUAGACUAAAUAAAGUGCUGGUACUGGAUCGGAGGUUGUAGGAGGUGGGAACAGCCUGGGAGAGCAUUUUGUUCAGGUAGGGUGGGAGUUUCCCAGAAAAGCUGUUAACCCCUUAAGGACCAAACUUCUGGAAUAAAAGGGAAUCAUGACAUGUCACACAUGUCAUGUGUCCUUAAGGGGUUAAACACAAGGCUGGAAAGAUGAAGGGUGCGUCUGGAUUCCAGCGACAGCCAGUUUAGUUCUUUUAGCAUGUCACAAUGGUGGGUCCUGUUAUUACAUUGUAUGGCAAAUCGGCAGAACGAGUUAUACAAUAUUUUGAGUUUAUUAAUGUGGGAUUGCGGUGCAGGUGCAUAUACUACAUCCCCAUAACCAAUGAUUGGCAUCAGCAUUUGCUGUGCAAUCUUUCCUUUACUGUAGGGCUUAGGCAGGAUUUGUUUCUGUACAGGGCACCUAGUUUUGGAUAAGGUUUAGAUGCAAGCUUUUCUAUGUGGAGGCCAAAAGAUAGAUUGGGGUCUAACAACAUACCCAAGUAUUUGAACAACAUGUGGGAGGUGAGGAGAAAACUGAUAAGGAAACAGCAAAUGGUUUGUACCCAAUCCUCCAAAUAUUGUGUAUAGGAUGGAGACAAUAUAUAUCCAUUAGGGGUCUGAUAAAUCUCCUGAGUAAUUAAGUCAAGGGUUAUAAAAUAUUGAAAUGGGCUAAGUGGUCCCUAAACCCCAAGACCAAAAGAAUGCUUCUGUGCCAAAAAGUUAGAGAUUCCACUAAUGCCCAAAUGCUCUGACCAUGACAAUAUCCUCACCAUUUCCUAAUUAAGACCAGGGGAUUCCCAGUUGAAAGAUUUUGGCAUAUACAUGUAAAACAUAAUUCAUUAAAGGACUACUAUAGGCACCCAGACCCCUAGUUUUAAACACUGCAGCUGAAAAAAAAUCCCUGACAGCCACUAGAGGUGCUUCCGCAAUUUACACUGAGUAAAUCGCACUUAUUUGAAGCUGGACGUCCUCACGGACCUUCAGCGUAAAACAAGAUCCCCAUAGGAUGCGGGUUCGGCUCCAUUGGGGUUGACGUCGAUGGAGGAGGAGAGGUCACCAGCGCCGAGAGACCAUUAACAAUUUAUUCACCACGGAAGGGGCAUAUUUGUAUUCCUAAAGCUAUAGUGUUCCUUUAAUCUUAUAACUGAUUUAUGUUUUUAUUUAAUGACAAUCCAGAUUGAGAAUCAGAACUCACUAAACAUUUGCUUGUUGAUGACUCAUAGUGAGUAGCUGGUUAUGAAACAUUUCCUUUCUGAACAUGACUAGAAUGUUAAUUUAGUAGUACGCACUACACUUAACUGAUAUUAUAGAUCUAGACUAUGAUAAUGAUAAGCAAGUAGACAAGCACUAAUAGAGAUAAAAAAACAGCACACAGCAAUAAUAGAACUCUAUAAUGUCAUGGAUGAUAAGCAACAUUGCUAACACUAAAAAUUGCUAACACACGGAAGGAACUACAAUCACUGCUAGUGUCUCUCCAUUUUAAAAUGAGAAUCAUACCCCAAGCUUGUUCAUUUAACUGUAGGCUGUUAUGUCUUUUACAUGGACUUCCAGAUGAUGGUAGUCGGAUCACUCUCAACUCAUAAACCAGGGCAGACAUUACCAUGUGGCAAUUAUUUCUAACCACAUGAAACGGUAGAUCAAUGUUUAUCCCCCCUAUCUCCGAUAACCCUCCUAUGUAGUCUGGACAUAUGGAGCUGUCACCUAAGGCUAUGCAGCUAUAUACUAAAGCGAGUGGGUCCUAUCUCAAUGGCCCCCUGAAACCUCCCAAUUAGAACAUUUCUCAAAUGCCUUAAUUUUGUUUUCUUUAUUUAAUUCCUUAAUUUUCCUCUAUUUGAAAAUUUUCCCCUAGUAGUGGCAGCAUCUGUUUGGGGACAUUUGUGGAAAGGGCAAGCAGUCAGGUACUUUACUGAUAAUAAAGUAGCUUGCCACAUUAUAAAUAAAGGAAAGUCACAAUCCGUUACUAUAAUGAAACUAGUCAGGAAAUUAACUUGGUUAGCGGCUAUAUUCCAGUUCUUACAUAGAAUGUAUACAUGUUCCUGGAGUUUGUGAAACUGCUGCUAAUGUUUUAUCGCGUUCUAAAUUCCAGACAUUUUCCAAGUUCAUCCUCAUGGUCCAUUCAGAAGGACUUUUUAAUUUGCUUUAUUUCAUUUUGUGUGGUAUAUUACAAUACAUAUUGUUUUUACCCUUAAAAUUUUAUGUUUUUUAUUUUUUUAUCCUGCAUUUAUUAUAUAAUUUUAAAGGAGCCUCUCCAGGGACACACACACAAUUACAGGCAAACAGCCACACACAUAAAGCCACACAUACAGUCUUACACACACACACAGACUUACAUGCAGACAGACAGACAGACAUACACACACACACAUAGGCAGGCAGCCACACACACACACACACACACACACACACAGAGGCAGACAGUCACACACACAUACAGGCAGAAAGUCACACACACACACACAGACAGUCAGUCACAUAGACACACAGUCAAACUCACAUGCGCGGUGACUGCUGCAAGUGCCUUAGAUCCUACCCAUGGGAAAGCAUUACCUCUGGAAGACAGCCACUAGAGGCAAUCUUAGUCUUGGAAAGUAAUCAUUGCAGUUUUGCAAAAGCUGCACUGUUUUACAGGACUAUGGGCAACAGAGACACUGCAUCCUGACUAUUUCAAUGAUAUGAAAUGGUCAAGGUGUCAAAAAUGCACCUUGUUAAAAAGCACCUUUAGUGAAGUAUACAUAGUUUCUUAAAAUGCCACAAGUGUUUAAAAUAAUGUCAAUAAAUGGGCCUAAUGCCCACCUUCUCAAUUACACCAAGCAUAUCUGUAUUACGAGAAAACAUGGGCUGUUGUUGCUAUGUGAAAAUAAUGUAUACUCCCCAUUUGCUAGAAUGUCACCUUAAAGUUUGACCUACAAAGGAUGUAAUAGAAUAUGCAAAUAGGUAGAGUAGCUUCUGUUUACAGUCUCUAUGCAUUAGGUAAAGACAAAUUCAAUGGAGCAGUGGCAUAAGAACAAAUUCAUAUAUAGGGUUAAAACCAGUGCUGGAGCAAAUAGAAAGGGAGGUGAAUUUUGUAGGCUAUAAUUUGCUUAGCAUUGCUUUUCAACACUCAAAAAAUUUAAACAUACAGAAUUAUGAGAAAGGACUGGUUUAGGUACAUAUAAUUUCAGUGUGAAUUUAUGUGAUGGUUUAACAUGUUGCACCUUCUAAUACAUUAAAUUUUUUUCCUCCAUGUUUCUGUGUAUUUGAUUGAAAAGAAAUCUAUAGUUUCUUUAGAAUGCAUGGGAUUCAUACCUUUUUACUGUACAUUUGACGGUAUAAACCUGGAUCCAGAAAAAUGCUAUCUAAUCGAAUUACAAUUCCUCGGAUUACGUCAUUGUUUUAAUGAAGACAUUGAAAGUGUAUGGGGUCCAAACAUCUCCUUAGUAAAAGGAAUGGACUCAGGUAAGAUUUAAUGAUUUAUUGUUGGCAAUGUAAAUUUUUCAUGUUUAACCUCUAAUAUCAAUUUUUCCAAAUAUUAUUAAAUAUUGUUAUUUAAAUAUUAAAUUGAAAAGCUUAUCCCUAAAUAUUAAAUGAAGACUUAGUUCACAAAUUGCUCAUAAUUCUCUUUCUGCAUGCUUAAAUUGAAAAGCUUAUCCCUAAAUAUUAAAUGAAGACUUAGUUCACAAAUUGCUCAUAAUUCUCUUUCUGCAUGCUUAGGGCAGGAUUUCCUAAAUAAAUGCCCGUGGAUUCUAGUUUUGUUAUUUUACAUUAGUGCAACAACACACAGUAAAGUUAGACUGAACUGCACGUGAAGAAAUCAAAUUGAAGAGCAUGUCAGUUAAAAAUCAAAUAUAGUAUAGUUUAAUUCUAACCAAUUCAUUCAAGCUCAAAUGAUUUGAACAGAUGCUCAAAGCAACACAACCUCUACAAUGGACUAUAAUUGUAACUGAUUGUAAUACUCUAACAUUACCCAAACUGUAACUAUAACUGAGUUGGAAUUAUUUUCUUGAUCAUUUUUUUUUCAUACAUUUCAGAUUUUAGUCCAAGCACGUUUUAGUAUUUAAUAACCAUGGAUGACUGGAUGAGCAUUAUGCGCAAAUUUUGUUCACAGCUGUUUAAGGAAUUAGUGUUAAAUGCAUACAUUGUAUAUCUUACAAGUGUUUGCAAAGGCUGCAGUUCUUAUGAACUGCCACCUUUGUAAGCCCUCCCCUUUUUUCCUUGAAGACAAUUUCAGUCUCUUCACAAGGAAAUAACCAAUCGGCGGCUCCUGUGCGCGCAUGCCUGUCUACAACAGAGGAGCUGCUCUGAGGUCUGUGAAGGAGGGGGAGGCAAGUAGAGCGUGGCUGCUACUUCCGUUAGCUUAGACCUUUCAGUCUAAAAGAAAUCAGCACUUUUAUAAACUGGGGUUAAGCUAGGCUACUCCUCACCCAUAAAGCACUUAAGCAAGUUGAAGUGCUUUUGGUGUGUGGAGUGGUCCUUUAAUCCCUUAAGAACUGAGCCAAAUGUACACGUUGUGAUCAAAACAAAACGUAAACAAAAACUUGAAUUUGCGCUUAAUGUCUGUUCAGGCGUAAUUCACCUUUUAUUUAAAAUACAGUUAGAACGAAAUUACACAUGUAUAUAUAUUUUUUAUUUAUUCAUUUUUUAUUAUUUUUUAAUUUUAUUUUUUUACGUAUUUACAUAUUUAUUUUUUAUUAUAUAUAAAUAUAUAUAUAUGUAUAUAUAUAUAUAUAUAUAUAUAUAUAUAUAUAUAUAUAUAUAUAUAUAUAUAAUGAAAAUGAUAUAUAUAUUUAAUCAAUAUCAUUGUACGUGUAUUUUAGAGCCGGUUCCUUAAGGACGGCGUAGAACGCCUGCCGUCCUUAAGGGGUUAACAAUGACACUUCAGAAGUCUGUGGACAAAUUUUUCACUCUAAACCAGUAUUCUUAGAGCUGGUUGAGCAAAAUGAAAAUGUAAUCCACAAACACUGAUCCUCCUCACCAUCUUUCUGUCUGUGUGUGUGUUUAUGUUUGUGACUGCAUAUGUAAUCUGUGAAUGUGACAGUUGGUGAAUGGUCGAAUGUGACUUGGCAGGUUAUUUGCUAUGUGAGGGUCAAGGGUGGUAGGUUAUUUGAUAUAUGACUGAGUGUGAUGAGUUAAUGGGACUGGAGUGGGUACCUGGAUGGGUGAUUGCAACUAGAUUGUGGUUUGCGAUUAAGUGACUAGUUUGGAGAAUGUGAUUUAAAGGUGAAUGCGGGUGAAUAUGUGAAAAGGUUGCAUAGCAAUAUGUGACAGGGUGGGUGAGGGAAGGUGGUAUGCAGGGCCAGCACAACCGUUAGGUGAACUAGGCAUUCACCUAGGGUUCCAGCCUGCUGGAGGCGCCCACCGGGAUAUUUCCUGGUGAGCUCCCCCUGUCCUAGGCUUCAGCGCUACGCGAGCGGCUCUUGAGCCGCCCCCUCCCCAGCGCCAGGCCGAUCCUCCAGGUGCCGAGAAUAGGGGCGCAGAGAGGAGACCUGUCAGGGCGCCCCUGAAGCUGUCCUUCAGUAUGGCAGAGCAGGCACCUGCUUACCCUCAUGGCAGGUGCCUACUCUGCCGAUAAAUGCCAGAGGAGAGGAGGCAGGCAGUGGCAAGGGAGGCUCUUCUUGCAGCUCCCCACUCCUCCCUCGCAUGCUGUCUGUGAUGUUGGGAGCCGGAAUAUGACGUUAUUCCAGCCCUAGCAUACUAGACAGCACUCUGGAGGAGUGAGGAGCUGCCUCACACUGGACCCCAGGGAGGUAGGGAGGCUGGUUGUCUGAGUCUGUGUGUUAGUGACUGUUUGACUGUGUUUGACUGUCAGUGAGUGUGUGUGUGUGUCUGUCAGUGAGUGAACGUAUGUAUGUCAGUGAGUGCCUGUGUGUGUAUGUCUGUCAGUGAGUGUGUGUGUGUGUUUGAUUGUCAGUGUGUGUGUCUGUCAGUGAGUGUUUGUCUGUGUGUGUGCAUGUCUGUCAGUAAGUGUGUGGGUGUCUGGCAAUGCGUGUGUAAGUGUUUGAUUGUCAGUGAGUGUCUGCCUGUGUGUGUGUGUGUCAGUGAGUGUAUGUAUGUCAGUGAGUGUCUGUGUGUGUAUGUCUGUCAGUGAGUGAGUGUAUGUCUGUCAGUGAGUUUCUGUGUGUGUGUAUGUCAGUGAGUGUUUGUGUCUGCCAGCGUGUGUCUGUCAUUGAGUGAGUGACAUAAGGGGGCGGCAAAAUGGAUCUUUGCCUAGGGUGGCAGAAAUCCUUGCACCGGUCCUGGUGGUAUGGCAUAUGUUUUACUUUGUAAAGUGAUAAAGCGAGUGGGUGUGCAUGAAGUGAAAGUGAGGAGGUAUGUAAAAGGGUGCGUGUAAAUUACUUGUCAGUGAGGGGGCAUGUGCAAAAUGGAUGUAAGUGGCUUGGAGGUGGGGAGCAAUGGGCAGUGUAAGUAUAAGAGCUUCUAAGUGGAUGAAAGUAAGUGACUGGGAUCUAGGGGGGUGUUGCAGGUUGGAUAUAAGUGACUGGGAGGUGGAAGUGUGCAGUGUGGGUGUAACUAGCCAGAAGAUAAGGGGCUUUGUUAGUGGGCAUUACUGAAUACAAGGUGUGGGUACAUGCAGAGUGUAAGUUACUGAAAGGUGGAGGGGAGUGGGAUUUGUAGGGUGGGUGUAAGUGACAAGAAUAUAGGGGUGUGUGUGUGAGAAGGAUUUGUGCAAAUGACUUGGAGGUGAGGAGUUAAUUCAUUAAAAGUGAGCAGGAGUGUAAUUAGGGUUUUUCUAAUUUAUACUAUUCACUCACCAUUUCUAUUCCCAUAGUCAGGGCCGCCAUCAGGGGGUGACAACCGUGACAGUUGUCACGGGCCCGGCGGCCCUGGGGGGCCCGGACUGCUCUGGCAGUCCUGGGCCCCCUUUCCCUUUCUGCACACAUAGAUAGCGAAUAUCGCGAUCUAUGUGUGCCGCCGCGGCCCCCCCGGCUCCCUGUUACCGCAGAGGGGGCCCAGGCAGCACAGGAGCAGCUUCUCCUCCUCUCUGCUCUCUUCUCAUAACUCUCGCGAGACCCGGUUACCAUGGCAACGCUCCGCGGGUCUCGCGAGAGUUAUUAGAAGAUUUGAAGCUGUGUGCUGCCUGGGCCCCCUCUGCGGUAACAGGGAGCAGGGGCACCCCCCCCCACCGGACCACCACGGAUGGAGUCUCCCCCCUCCCUGGAUACAGGUAAGCAGGGAGGGGGGAGAAACAUUUAAUUACAUCAAUAGAAAAUUAAUGUUAAAAUGCCCCUUCCUCCCCCUCCCCCCCCCAGAUCACACAUUUACACAACACACACUGCAUACACUAACACAACACACACACUGCAUACACUAACACACACACACUGCAUACACUAACACACACACACUGCAUACACUAAAACAACACACACUGCAUACACUACCACACCACACACUGCAUACACUAAAACAACACACACUGCAUACACUACCACACCACACACUGCAUACACUACCACACCACACACUGCAUACACUAACACAACACACACACACUGCAUACACUAACACAACACACACACACUGCAUACACUAACACAACACACACGCACUGCAUACACUAACACAACACACACACACACAUGCUGCAUCCACUAACACAACACACACACUGCAUCCGCUACACAUUAACACACACUCUGCAUCCGCUACACACUAACACACUCACUGCAUCCACUAUACUGACACACACUCUGCAUUCGCUACACAUUAAUACACUCUGCAUUCACUACACUAACACACACUCUGCAUCCGCUACACACUAACACACACUUUGCAUCCGCUACACACUAACCCACUCUCUGCAUUCACUACACAUUAACACACACACUCUGCAUUCACUACACUAACACACACACUCUGCAUCCGCUACACACUAACACAAUCUCUGCAUUCACUACACUAACACACACACUCUGCAUCCACUACACACUAACACAAUCUCUGCAUUCACUACACUAACACACACUCUGCAUCCGCUACACACUAACACACUCUCUGCAUUCACUACACUAACACACACUCUGCAUCCGCUACACACUAACACACUCUCUGCAUUCACUACACAUUAACACACUCUGCAUCCGCUACACACUAACACCACUCUCUGCAUUCACUACACAUUAACACACUCUGCAUCCGCUACACACUAACACAAUCUCUGCAUUCACUACACUAACACACACUCUGCAUCCGCUACACACUAACACACACUCUGCAUUCACUACACUAACACACAUUCACUACACACACACUGCAUUCACUACACUAACACACACUCUGCAUUCACUACACAUUAACACACACUCAUUCACUACAAAUUUACACACACUCUGCAUUCACUACAAAUUUACACACACUCUGCAUUCACUGCACUAACACACACACUACAUUCAUUACACUGACACACUCUGCAUUCACUACACACUAAUCUGCAUUCACUAAACUAUGCAUACACUAUGGAUUCACUAUACUGACACACAAUCUGCAUUCACUACACUAACAUACACUCUGCAUUAACUGUACACACAGCAUCCACUACACAAACAUCCUGUAUUCACAGUACACACACUACAUCCACCACACAUUGAAACACUCUGCAUUCACUAUACACAGACACUGCGUCUAAUACACGCACUACAUCCACUAAACACAUUUCAUCUAGUACAUACAAACACUACAUCCACUACACAAACACACACUACAUCACUGUACACACACUAUAUCCACUACUCAAACACACUCUGCGUUCACUAUACACACUGCAUCCGCUACACAAACACACACUCUGCAUUCACUGUACAAACAGUAUCUAAUACACACAAACACUACAUCCAUUACACAUAUUCUAAUUCACUUCCACUAUACACACCACAUUCAGUCCUGCAUCAUUGUCAGCGGACCAGGUAGGGCGUGUGCGGGCCCGGGAGGGAGGGAGGGGGGGGGCCCAAACCUGGUGUUUUGUCAGGGGCCCCAAAAUUUCUGAUGGCGGCCCUGCCCAUAGUGUGACUUGUAGCACCCAGUAGCCAUCUAAAAUAGGAUCUAAGACCUGCGUACAGUUCCCGUGGCAUGCUGCAUGGUAGCUAUUCUCUUGUAUCCCAAUCAGGGAAGAAGUGGUAUUCAUUGAUAAGGGGGUGAGAAGUAGGCAAGGCUGCAUUUUAAAGCAGCCCAAAUACUGUGCCUAUUUAUUGCAACUGCCUGCCUUUCAGUCUAUACAGUAGCUGCAAAGAAAAGUGCCAUGGAGCUGCUCUGUCACUAUACCUGGUGGCAGAACAGGCUAGUUGGUCUUUUUGCCAAUUCAGUUUCACCAGGUGCACCACUCUUAGCUCACUCUCUGCUUAGUGCAACCAUUUUUAAAUUCAGCAAAUCAAACUGCAGUGUGUGCAGGCAAAGCAUGUCAGGAUACAAAUUGGCAAUUGUUUUCGAGAUAAAAAUCAGCAUAACACACAUAUGGGCCCAUAGGAUGCCAGCAUUACCACUGAGAGAGGUGAUGAGCCUUUCCAACAGCUAUGCAAAAAAAAUAAAAAUACAAAUUCGCAAAAAUAACUGGACUAGGGGUAGCUCAGUUUACUGAUCCAAAUAAAUAUAGGGCAUAGGGGCAGAAUUUGCCAAAAUCUUCUGAGCCUAAUAAUGGAAUGAACAAUAUUUGCCAUAAAUAAGACCAGGGGUUUCCCAUGCCUUCAAUCUCAGAUAGUUAAAAAUAACCCCAGAUUACUUGAAAACCAUGUUCAUGAAUUUCUAUGGUUGUGUUUUGUUUAUUUAGCUGUUUUGUUUUUUUUUACAUUCUUUAUUUAUGCCAUAGUCAUGGAAAAUGCAUUGUAAAAGAAAGAUAAAUUAUGCAUCAAUUGAAAUAUGAGUGGCACAUAACACAGAAAAUUAUAAAUAACAGGGUUGCCUAUUUAGUUAUUAGUUGUAUUACUUAUUUCUGUUUAUGUCUCUUUGUUAGACACCUGUAUGAAGAAUGAAGAUAUUCGCAAAGAUUCUGUAUCUUACGGAUUUGCCAAUUUAUUAUAUAUUUCAUCAGCCCUUCUCUUAGUGGUAAUUUUCAUUACGUCACUUGCAUGUGCUACGAAAAGGUACGUGCUAGCUUUUUUUUUUUUUAAGCUAUAGAUAUACUACCC